UGUAUAUUGAUACAUAUUUAAGGUUAUUUUUGUUAUAUUGUAUAUAUGUUUCUACUCUUAUUUAAGAUAUUGUACCUAUGCAGCUCAUUUUAAAAUGUAAUGUAAGCUGGGCAGUGGUGGUGCACACUUUUAAUCCUAGCACUGGGGAGACAGAGGCAAGCAGAUCUCUGUGAGGCCAGCCUGGUCUAUAGAGUGAGUUCCAGGAUCGUCAGGGCUACACAGACAAACCUUGUCUCGAAAACCAAAGAAAAAGCAAAAACAAAAAUAUAAUGUAGCCGGGCGGUGGUGGUGCACGCCUUUAAUCCCAGCACUUGGGAGGCAGAGGCAGGUGGAUCUCUGUGAGUUGGAGGCCAGCCUGGACUGCAGAGUGAGUUUCAGGAAAGGCGCAAAGCUACACAGAGAAAUCCUCUCUCAAAAAACCAGAAAAAAAAUAUAUAUAUAUAUAAAAUGUAAAGUUCUAGUCCUUGAAAGCUAUUUAGGAUAAUUAAGAAAUACAGGUUAGUAAUUAAUCAUCUAUAAUAAUCAACCUUAUAGUCACGUUAGAUAUGUUUUCAAGGUCAUACAGAGAUAUAUUUUUAGAUAUGGUUUUCAAAUACUUCAGAAACUUACAUAAUAUGGCACUUAAGGUGUUUUAAUAACAUAAGGCUUUUCUUUUUUUUUUUUAAAUGUCUUUUUAUGGUGUUUUGCCUGUAUGUAUGACUGUGUGAGGGUGUUGGAUCCUCUGGAACUGAAUUUACAAACAGUUGUGAGCUGCUGUGUGGGUACUGGGAAUUGAAUCUGGGUUCUCUGGAAGAGCAGCCAGUGCUUUUAACUGCUAAGCCAUCUCUCCAGCCCCAACAUAAGACUUUUCAUGAAAGUGAGACGCAUCUGCUCCUAGUAACACCAAUCUCCUUCAAAAAAGGAUGAUGGGCAUUGAAGAACCUCCAUAUGGUGUUUGCUUUUAAUGUGGCAAAGUUAGCCACUGGGCAAGAAACUGUCUCUUGCCUCAACUGCUGACAAUAUGCUGUCCAAAUUGGACAAGCUGGACACAAAAGGAAGGUGACUGCCAAACUUUGCCAAAACAAGAUAGGGCAGUUCUCCAAAAUUCCUACUUCACAGAAAAGUCUGUCAGAUAUUCUAGGCCUGUAGGCUGAAGAUGGAUGCCCCAACAUUGCAGAGGAGCCUUGGGUGACUGUCCAGGAAGCUAGCUGCUUCUGUCAUUUCUAUAGUUUUGGAAGAUGUUUGCUCUGUACUUCCUGUUUACUCAGAUAAUAUUAUAUCCUUCUUGGGUCUCUGAUGGAGUUGAAGAUGAGAUAGUUGUAGUUACAGUUUUCCUUGUUACCAAAUUCAGAAAAGAAACUUAUGUGAGAUGUAAAAUAUACGCGGUUGAAAGACAUAAAAGCUUAAGUUGUUUAUCUAAGAAAAUGUUUUGAGGCCUAAAAAGAUAGUUCUGGGUUGGUAUUACAAGUUAGGAUAAAAAGUAAAUUAGGUACAAAACUUUGGACUCACCAAGAUAGGAUAGAUAAUGGAACAUUUUCUCUUAAUUUGCCAAAUACAGAUAGACUGGACAUUGUAAAUAUAUUUCUUACUUGAUAAUUGCUCUUAUUGUGUAUGAUUUUACUGUAUUAGAGUUAAAAACCUUUCCUUUUUACUUAGACAAAAGGGAGAAAUGUUGUGGGAUAUUUGUACACUAUGUGAAAAUGUAUUGCUGUGAUUGGUAUAAUCAAAAGCUGAAUGGCCAAUAGCUAGGCAGGAGGUAUAGGUAGGACUUCCAGGUACAGGGAGAGGAACUAGGAGGAGAUAAUCGAGGCACAGGGAGAUGCUAGUGAGACAUGGAGGGAGGGAGUUGGACAUAGAAUGAAAGAAAGGUAUAAAGCCAUGAGGCAAAUGUAGAUUAAAACAAAUGGGUUAAUUUAAGUUACAAGAGCUAGUGGGACAACCCUAAGCUAAAGCUGAACUUUCAUAAUAAGUUUCCAUGUCUUGGAGCUGGCUGGUAGGACAGAGAAAGACUCUUUACAACCAUCAGGUAAGAGAUGUGAGGCAUGGCUGUCCAGGACUAUGAGGACAUCUUUUUGUUACCUGCUGCCUCCCCUCUGUGACUCUAGGCUCAGAAUCUAGGUAGGAUGGCCGGUGUCUAGAUGCUGUGGUUUCCCUUACCCUGCACCCUUGGAAGGAGGCAUUCAGUACACAGAGAGCCCCCGAUCCUGGGGAAAACCAAAGCCAGAUCACAGCCAGGAUGAAGGUAUAGGAUGGUCCUCCAACCACAUCAAAACCAGAGCGGGCCUCUCUCACAGUCCCAGGAGACAGGCUUGCUGCACACUGGAGUCUUCCCAUCACUAUUAGCACAGACUUUUUGGCCUCAGUGGCUCUCAUCCUGCAGCUCUGGGUAUUCUGGCAGGCAGAGGACUGGGCUGUUGGAGGAUGCUGAAUGCCCCACAUGCUCAGAGCCAUCAGACAGGCAUGGGACAGGUAGGCUGAGGUCAUGACUAAUCUUGGCAGCCAGCCAGCUAGGGAUGAGAGGAGUCCCUCAGCCCACAGAUCUGAGACCUACAAGUAUAAACUUCUAAGUGCUGUGGUCUCUAACCAGUGGGUCUCCUGCUCACUGCCUGGAUAGGAGUAAGGAGGACCCCAACCAAGCUCUAGGGGGUCAGCACCAUUGCCUGGUGAUUUGCUAUACUCAGACAAGAGGAGCUGGUGCACAUCUGAAACAAACAAACAAACAAACAAACAAACAAACAAACCAACCAACCAACAAACAAACCAACAAACAAAAAACCUCAAGUGUGUAAGUGGGCACAGAGUAUUUGAGUGUUUCUGUGGUACCUUGCUACUCCCUAGGGAGCAGGCUUUGCUGUUCUGAGUGGAAGGGAGGUCAGGUUUCCCAAGAAACCCCAAAAUAGUCCCCCAACUGCCUGGAGGAAACCUGCCAGCCUCUUGGUGGCAGCCUGCCCCAGGUUCACCUGCCUGGCCCCAGGUUGUGCCCAUGUCUCUUCUCUAAGCUGGGGACCUUUAGCCCCAUCUGUGCAGGAUGUUUGGGAUCCCUAAGCCAACUUGCUCAUUCUGCCUUUGGAGAGCGUUUGCCAAGUAUUAGCAGUGAGAUUGGAACUGAGUCCAUGAGCAUGGGAGACCAGUCAGACUAAGCCAAAUGGGGAACUGCAGCGUGAUCCUAAGGAGUCAAAUAUCAGUGUGAAAGCUGAAAGAUCAGAGCAGCAGAGCAGAAGCCACUAGAGACUUCUUACCUCUACGAAUCCUCUGACUGAAAAAGGGGGCCAAGAUCCUGUCUCUACGCGUCUUAUAUUCCUGUCUCCACAUCCCGAUUGUGCUAGAAUUAAAGGCAUGAGCCUCCCAAGUGCUGGGAUUAAAGGUGUGAGCCACAACCACCUGGCCUCUAUGGUUAACUAGUGGCUAGCUCCACCCUCUGAUCUCUAGGCAAGCUUUAUUUGUCAGAAAACAAACAAAAUAUCAUACAACAUGAAACUAGCUGGUUAGUCUGGGCCUUUUGAAGAAGUCUCACAAGUAGAACCUUGGUGCUCUUCAUCCACUGACCAUCUCCUCAGCACUGAACUUAAAAACUUACAGAAAAAAUUAUUACAUGUAUUUAUCUGUGUGUGUGUGUGUGUGUGUGUGUGUGUGUGUGUGUGUGUGUGUGUACAUUCAUGUAUGUGGGGUUGUAGAGUUUGAUCAUGAGAAGGGAACAGCCCAUGUAGCCCGUCUCUGCCCCUCUGUUCCUGGCCCUUAAGCACUCAUCUUUAGGGCUAGGGGAUUCCCAGGCUGAGAAGGUUCAGGAAAGGGCCCCUGUAGGGAAGGACUGAGCCUAUCCAGUUAAAGGGCCGGCAGGAUUUCCUACCGCUAAAAGGCUUUUGGAAUCUGUAUCCUGGAGGCCCUGGGUUAAGCAUAGCUAAGACCUGGCUGGGCCACUGUUCUGCAUGCUCUACCCAAAGCAGCUUGGAAUCACUGCAGUGUGUUCUUGAUCAGCCACACACAUAAUAAGGUGGUUUUAGCCCCCAGGAGAACCUCUGGUGGACUAGCUGGAUAGGGUGGGAAUUUGGGCAGGGUCUGAAGGCAGAAAUGCACCCAAGGUGUGAGGACCUCUUGGAAGCCUAAAAAGGAGCUCUGGAAGCCUAGAAGAAGCCUUUAGCCAUCAACACUUUUGUAGUGGGUAGCCAUUCCAGCUUUGAUCUGGAAGUUCCAACCCCCAUUGAGGCUUCAGUAACUGUCACGCCUACAAGGCGGGGCCGAGAGAGGACCCUGAAGACCCGAGAUCCAGAUGCGCAGGCUCUCUUGGUUCCUGGACCCUGGAUGCUGGAGGUAGACCGAGCAGAAUUUUCCAGAGAACACCGCCGCUGCCGGACUGUGCUACACCUUUCCCAGACCCUGUAACCUAUCCCUUCUCUUGUAAGUUACCCCACAAAAUAAACCUCCCUUUUAACUAUGUGGAGUUGCCUUAAUAUUUUAACCAAUACACUUUCCUUCUCCAGGGCCAGGGUGGAGCACCCCUUUCUUGAAGGCUUUCAUAGGGCCCUGCUGCUUCAAGGAUGUGCAAAGGUAAGGGUUGGAUGCUGAACUGUGUCUUCCUAGUCCAAUGACCUGCUGGCAGGGAAGCCUUUACCUGGGAACCUUUACUGUGACUUCAUUGGGCGUCUCCCCAUGCUGAUUUCCUGUCUCUUGUGUGCUGUCUCCUUUGGCCCCAGGGUCUGUCACAUAGACUUCUUAGUCCCUGAUGUUACCUCACAAGGAUGGUCUGUGCCCGGGCUCUUGUGUGCCUACCUGACCACCUUCAUCUGGUGCUCAUGACUGCCCCCACCUCCUGCUUGCUCAUUUUUGCCUCUGUCAGAAUUUCACUCACCAUGAAGCUCAUUACAUCUGCUUGCUCUUGAACAUCUUCUCUUCAUUAGGGUCUCCUUUUAAAUUAUAUUCCCUGAAGCCAAGUAGAUGCUAGGUUACUUCCUAACCUCUCCUGGACAGGAAGAACUUAUAAGUGUCCUUACAGACUGAUUGCUUGUCAGCUGAGCAGAUUGAGAUGUUUGAUGAGGAGGGCAAUGGAGAGGUGAAGAUCGGAGAGUGGGAGCAGCUCACAAGCCUGCUUGGAAUCCACUUCACCGAGAGUGAGCUGGCCUCCUUGGGCAAGGAUGUGGGCAGAGGCAAUAAAGGGUUCUUUAACCGUGAUAGCUUCCUGGUGCUGUUGUGGAUUUACUCUGAGAAAGCCCACAACCAGGAGGGCAAGUUUUGACAAGGACACCAAGAACUACAUAGACUGGAACAUACUCAAGGAGGGCCUUGGGCCUAGGGUUUGGGGUGGUAUCUAAGUAAAUGGGGAGUUCACAAAGAUACCAGCAGAUGGCGGCUGAGUGUGAGACCUUGGUAGAUAGGUGCUCAUGAAUGUGUGUGAGACCCUCAGUAAAACAGAGGCUGAGCCAAGGAGAUUGACAAGGAUGGAACCACUGACUAUGAAGGUGAGCAAUGGACGAGCCUGGGAACCAAGCCUCGGGGCCAGGGAAGGCUGCUAACCUGCCCAUCUACCCCCAGAGUUUGUAGUCAGAUGACAGGAGAGUUGGUCCUUCAAGUUGGUCCAGUAAUAUCGCUGCUGUGACUGUAGGAGGUCUGCCCAGGAAAUCUACUGCCCACUGCCACCCUCCCUGUCCACAGCUCUGCAUCAAAUAAAUGUUCCAGCCAGACUCUACUGUUUUUCACUGUCCCAACCUGGAGGGGAGGGUGGUAAGGAGUUGGUCCUGGAGAAGGGUGUGCGGGACAGUCCUGGACACACAAUUUAGACCAUUUCUCUCUGACCUUGGCCUUUCUCACUGUCCAGUUCUGGGUUCUGAACACCA